UGUUGCAAUGUUGCUCCCUCUUAGUGCACACGACUGACGUGACAUGCCGCAUUCUAACAAGAUGAGUCUCAUCCCCCUUUGUCUUCCUCUGCUGGCCAUACUGCUGCAUCCCACCCUCUGCCUCUACAAUUGCUCCUCUGAGUAUGACAGGCUCCCAGAUAGCUCAGACCUGACAGCCGACUGCGGCAUCACCACGAUCACGCUGGAGCUCAACCUGUGCACGGCCCAGUGGGCGGGAUUCAAUUCGUCUAGCAUGGCGCUAAACGGGGAGCACAACGUGACAGAGUGCCAGGGUUCCAUUGACUCCAGUGUGGAUCCCCCCAUCAUUCGUUACCUGCUUCCGGUCAACCACAGUGACCAAAACCCCUGCCGACAAUCCCUGCAGAUUGUGGAUGAGACUCCGGACCCCACGGGACCCUUCAGCAACUUCCUCAGCAUCCAGUCGGUCAUCAUCACAGGCUUCGUCGACACCCCCAGAACUGAGCAGGGCGUGAUCAGUUACAACACGGACCUCUACUAUCAUUUCUCCUGCCGCUAUCCCUUAGAGUACCUUGUCAACAACACACAGAUAGUGGCCUCUUCGGUUUCGGUGGCAACGAAUGACAACAAUGGAAGCUUCGUUGACACGCUAAAAAUGAACGUCUAUAAUGACUCCGACUAUGGCUACCCGUUAAUCGUCCCCUCGUCAGGACUACAGCUACGAACGAGGAUCUACGUGGAAGUAAAGGCUGUGAACCUGACUGCAAACUUCCACGUGCUGUUGGAUCACUGCUUCGGAACUCCCAGUGCUUAUAAUGUGUCGCAAACCGAGCAACACAAUUUCUUCACUGGGUGUUCAGUGGACACAAUGGCGGCAAUAAAUACCAACGGGAACUCGGAUUUUGCCCGCUUUGAUUUUGAGGCCUUCCGCUUUGUUCAACACCAUGAUCAGACCAAGUCUAGCAUCUACCUACAUUGCAUUGUCAGACUCUGUGAGCCCACUAAAUGUGAAGAACUCUUGAACGCUUGUAACAAGAGAAAAAAAAGGUCCUUGACUCCUUUCGGACAGGAGGGAAGAGACUCAGCCACUCUUUCCGUUGGACCACUUUACACCUCCGGAGAAGGUGACAAUAAUUUGGAAUCUCGGAAUAAUGACCUGAAUGUGACGGGCCUGGUUGUUGGGGUGGUUUUUGGAUCGGCCGCCUGCGCUCUGUUGGUUCUUGGCGGCUGGUUUGUACUCAAGAGGUUUUGGAGGACGCGCCAUUUACCUCAUGACUUCAACUGAUCCCAAUAUUAUGUUUACAACCCAAGAUGUACUCCAUCUAUUAAAAAACAACAACAUCUCAUUAAACAUCAGAAAUCAAAGUAGCAAAUAUUUGCAUUCAUGUUAUAUUUCCAGCCAUCUUCCAGUAGAAAAUUGUUGAAUGGAUGAAAGGCAGUUCAAAUUAUUUUUGUG